AUGUCAAAUGUCAAGAAAAUUUGUUUGUUCAUCAUAGUUGUUCUCGCGGUAUUUAUUGCCGUUAAUAAUGCCGUUCCAACUUCAACCAGCAUUCUUCAAAAACGACAAGAAUGUCCUGAUGAUGAUCCAAAUUGUACUACUCCAUGCGUUGAGGAUGGUGUAACUAAAUGUCCGUGUGUUGAAGAUGAUGUAACUAAAUGUCCAGAAACUCCUGAACCAGAAUGCGUUGAUGAUACAUGUCCAGAAACUCCUGAACCAAGAUCUAAGUCAUCGUGGUAUGCUGAACGACUUUAUUUGAAUGCAAAUAAUCUAAGACCUCCCAUUGCCGGCAUUCUUCUUAUGAUCGCCUUUGUCAGCUACAUCGGUCAUCUCGGCAUAUCUUAUAUCUCUUCUUUAUUAAACGACUCUAUGAAUUCACCUUCUAGAAAUGCUACAUCUCACGCUCAACUUAACAGUAAAACAUCUUCAUCCUCAAUUUCUAAUAAUAAAGAAAAACAAAAGGAAACAAUUCCUUUUCAAUCUUCAAGAUCUUCAUCUUCAAUUGCUCCUAUCAUUGAUAUUCUGUGCACCUAA